AUGUUCACAUUGCAAACUUGGAUAGUGCAAGCCUUGUUUAUUUUCCUCACCACUGAAUCUAUAGGUGAACUUAUAGUUCCAUGUGCUCAUAUCCACCCUGAAUCUUCAGUUGUACAAAUUGGUUCGAAUUUCACGGCAGUUUGUGUGCUAAAGGAAAAAUGUAUGGAUGAUUAUCAUGUGACUGCUGAUGACAUUUUCUGGAAAAUAAGCCGUGCUACUGUUUCUCGUGAUCAAUAUACUGUCAUAAACAGAACAUCAUCUAGUGUCACAUUUUUAAAUAUACCUUUAAUAAAUGUUUUGCUCACUUGCAAUAUUCGUAUGUUUGGACAGAUUAAUCGGAGUGUUUAUGGAAUCAGAAUCAUUUCAGGCUUGCCUCCUGAAAAACCUGAAAAUUUGAGUUGCAUUGUGAAUGAAGAAAAGAAAAUGAUGUGUCAGUGGGAUCUUGGAAGGGAAACACACCUGGAAACAAACUACACUUUAAAAUCUGAAUGGGCAACAGAGAAGUUUGAGGAUUGUAAAGCAAAACGUGACACCCCCACCUCAUGCACUGUUAAUUAUCCUCCUGUGUAUUUUGUCAACAUUGAAGUCUGGGUAGAAGCAGAGAAUGCCCUUGGGAAGGUUGCCUCAGAUCAUAUCAAUUUUGAUCCUAUAGAUAAAGUGAAGUUCAAUCCACCACAUAUUUUAUCAGUCAACAACUCAAAGGAACUGUCUAGUAUUUUAAAAUUGACAUGGACUGACUCACGUUUUAGGAGUCUUAUAACUCUGAAAUAUGACAUUCAAUAUAGGACCAAAGAUGCCUCAACUUGGAACCAGGUUCCUCCUGAAGAUACAUCAUCUACCCGAUCUUCAUUCACUGUUCAGGAUCUUAAACCUUUUACAGAAUAUGUGUUUAGGAUUCGUUGUAUGAAGGAAGAUGGUAAAGGAUUUUGGAGUGACUGGAGUGAAGAAGCAAGUGGUAUCACAUAUGAAGAUAGACCAUCCAAGGCACCAAGUUUCUGGUAUAAGAUAGAGCCAUCUCAUGCUCAUGGCACUAGAUCUGUACAACUCAAAUGGAAGACAUUGCCUCCUUUUGAAGCUAAUGGGAAAAUUUUGGAUUAUGAAGUGACUCUCACAAGAUGGAAAUCACGUUUACAAAAUUACACAGUUCAGGACACAAAACUGACGGUGAACCUCACAAAUGAUCGCUAUGUAGCAACUCUGACAGCGAGAAAUACUGUUGGCAAAUCAGAUGCGUCUGUGUUAACUAUCCCUGCCUGGGAUUUUCAAGCUACUCACCCCGUAACCGAUCUUAAAGCAUUUCCCAAAGAUAACGUGCUUUGGGUAGAAUGGACUGCUCCAAAUGAACCUGUAAACAGAUACAUACUUGAGUGGUGUGUGUUAUCUGAUAAAUCGCCCUGUAUCCCAGACUGGCAACAAGAAGAUGGUACUGUACAUCGCACCUAUUUAAGAGGAAACCUAGUAGAGAGCAAAUGUUACUUGAUAACAGUUACUCCAGUAUAUGCUGAUGGACCAGGAAGCCCCGAGCAUAUAAAGGCAUACCUUAAACAAGCUGCACCUUCCAAAGGACCUACUGUUCGGACAAAAAAAGUGGGGAAAAAUGAAGCUGUCUUAGAGUGGGACCAACUUCCUGUUGAUGUUCAGAAUGGAUUUAUCAGAAAUUAUACUAUAUUUUAUAGAACCGUCAUUGGAAAUGAAACAGCUGUGAAUGUGGAUUCUUCCCACACAGAAUAUACACUGUCCUCUUUGACUAGUGACACUUUGUAUAUGGUACGAAUGGCAGCAUACACAGACGAAGGUGGAAAGGAUGGUCCAGAAUUCACUUUUACUACACCAAAGUUUGCUCAAGGAGAAAUUGAAGCUAUUGUUGUACCUGUUUGCUUAGCAUUCCUAUUGACAACCCUUUUGGGAGUUUUAUUCUGCUUUAAUAAGCGAGACCUAAUUAAAAAACACAUCUGGCCUAAUGUUCCAGAUCCUUCAAAGAGUCAUAUUGCCCAGUGGUCACCUCACACACCUCCAAGGCAUUUUAAUUCAAAAGAUCAAAUGUAUCCAGAUGGCAAUUUCACUGAUGUAAGUGUUGUGGAAAUAGAAGCAAAUGACAAAAAGCCUUUCCCAGAGGAUCUAAAAUCUUUGGACCUAUUCAAGAAAGAAAAAGUUAAUACUGAAGGACACAGUAGUGGUAUUGGAGGGUCUUCGUGCAUGUCGUCUUCUAGGCCAAGCAUUUCUAGCAGUGAUGAAAAUGAAUCUGCACAGAACACUUCAGGCACUGUCCAGUAUUCCACAGUGGUACACAGUGGCUACAGACACCAGGUACCGUCUGUCCAAGUCUUCUCAAGAUCUGAGUCCACCCAGCCAUUGCUUGACUCCGAGGAACGGCCAGAAGAUUUACAGCUGGUAGAUAAUGUAGAUGGCAGUGAUGGCAUUCUGCCCAGGCAGCGGUAUUUCAAGCAAAACUGCAGUCAGCAUGAAACCAGUCCAGAUAUUUCGCAUUUUGAAAGGUCACAGCAAGUUUCCUCAGUCAAUGAAGAAGAUUUUGUUAGACUUAAACAGCAGCAGAUUUCAGAUCAUAUUUCACAGCCCUAUGGAUCUGGGAAAAUGAAAAUGUUUCAGGAAGUUCCUGCAGUGGAUGCUUUUGGUCCAGGCAUUGAGGGACAAGUAGAGAGAUUUGAAACAGUUGGGAUGGAGGUUGCGGUUGAUGAAGGAAUGCCUAAAAGUUACUUACCACAGACUGUGAGACGAGGCGGCUACAUGCCUCAGUGA